AUGAGAACCAGUCAACCAACUAAAAGUUAAGCAUUCUUAUAUGAUCCUGGCUGAGCUUGUUUUUGACUUGCACUGUAAAAGUGCUGAUAUUUUAUCCCAGUGUCAGUUUGUACCUAGAAUGCUGGGCACAGGCAGAACCAUCCAGGCCCAUGUGUUUUCAACAGGCUGUAUUGUUGAAGUCUUUUUAUCACACCACUGGUCCCCUGUGUAACACUCGUUAUGACAAUUCCUGUGCUGUAUAAAUACCAACAAUGCCUUCAUUUUGUUAGUUCAGUCUCCUGGAAAUGAUUUUAAAAGAUUUAUUUUUCCUGCCAUUUGUGCUAUCAGUAGCACAAGCUGCUUUACCCCAGCACAGAAUUUAUCCAAAGUUCCUGCACCUUGACUGGCCAGCAGAUUGUGGUGUUGCAUUUUUCCAGCAAAACACAGCAGAAAGGAUUGUGUCUGGAAAUGAAGUGCGUCCCUUCUCUUGGCCUUGGCAGGUUUCAUUGCAGGUUAAACCUCGAGGAGGUAAGAAAUAUGCUCAUGUGUGUGGGGGGACACUCAUUCAUAAGAACUGGGUUCUCACUGCCGCCCACUGCUUCCAGAAGGGGAAGGUAGAAGAUGCAGCAAACUGGAGGAUUGUUGUUGGAAAGCAUAAUCUCAACCGUACAGAAGCUACACAAAAGGUUUACUCUGUAAAGCGCAUAUACAGACAUGAACGUUUUAGCUACCCUCAGCUUAAUGACCUGGAUUACGACAUUGCUUUGGUCAAGUCAGUAGAAGACAUAAUAACAACACAUUUCAUACACUAUGCCUGUCUUCCAAAAAAAGAAAUGGCUAUGCAUCCCGGGCACUUCUGUUGGGUGACUGGAUGGGGGGAUACCAGAGGUGGUCAAGGAAAUGUAACACUUUCAGAAGUUCUGAAACAAGCCAGGCUACCAAUCAUCGACACAAAGACAUGCAGGCAGAAGAAAUUCUGGGGUGAUAGAAUACGGGAAUCAAUGAUAUGUGCUGGUUUUCGUGAUGUUGGAGGUCCUCCUGCUGCAUGUCAGGGCGAUUCUGGUGGGCCAUUUGUUUGCCAAAAUGGAAGAGGUAGAUGGGAAGUGCACGGAAUAGUCAGUUUUGGUCCUGUUGGCUGUACAGUGGAGAAUAAACCAAGUGUCUUCACAAAAACUUCCACAUAUAUUCCUUGGAUCGAAGCCACAAGGAUCCGUGAUCUUUUCUUGCAAUAAAGAAAAAAUGGAGAA